AGUUGGGAUAUGAUGGCCUGUGGCUUCCCCUCUCCCUCCCCCCAUCCAGGACUUAACUCCAAAUAAACCCCUGACCGUUGCCCAGAGUGUCAUUUGACCGGUGGAUUCCUGCCACAGCUGUGUCCUGGGGAAGGUUUAAAUUAAACUGGAUGCUUCAGGUCUCCAAACAAUUCAUCAUGCUGGCCGGUGACAACCUAGGGGGAUAGCCACCCAGGGCAGGCCUGAGCAGGCUGGGCGAAGCUGAAGGCUGUGUUCUCCCAACUCGCAACCUUGAGCCACCUGCUGACACAGGGCUGGGCAUGCUGGAGCCCGAGUCAGACUUGGGGGACCCCUGGGUGUUUGGGGGACAUGCCCAGUGUUUUCAGCUCCCUGGAAGGAGGGUCGUUGGUGGUCAUUCCAGGUAUGAUGACGAAAGCCAGGGAGGGGCCUGGAGUCUGGCAGAGAGGGGUUUGAAUCGGAUUCCUCAAUUUGCUCAUCUGUAAAAUGGGGAUCCAAGGGAACGGGCCGGCCUGAAUCCUGGCUGAGUUCCACGGCAGAUUUUUCCAAAUAAAAACGCCUUGAAGACUUGCCCAAAGUCACUCCUCAGCGACGGGGUGGGGGCUGUGAUCGCCCUCCACCGUCUGCGUGGCAACGGCAGGGUGACGGGUGGCCAAACCUGGUCAACGGAAGUAGUCCAAUCCUGGGGCAUCCAGCGCCCCCCAAGUUACCAAGACAACCGCGGAGCGCCGGCGAGAACCCCAGGGAAGCGCCGGGAGGUGGGCGGGUGGGCUGGGUGGCUGGAGCCCCGCCCCCGGGGCCACGCCUCCGCACGGCCUCUCCCCAUUGGUCAGUAGGGAAGGCCCCACCCUCCCCCUCCAAGAGGCUAUAAGGCGGGCGGGGCCGGCGGUGGGCGGAGCCUCGAGCCCUAGUCGGGGGUCGGCGGCGGCGUCCGGGGGCUGUGGCUGCGCGCGCCCGGGAAACGGAGGUUCCAGGAGGGAACAAUACUUUGCCCAGGUCGCAAAGCCCAGCGGGACAGAGCCCAAGGCCUGGAAGGCCCUCCCACUCGGCCCUGCCCCUCAGGAUGUCUGCAGCUGACACGUCAGAAGAUGAGCCUGUGCGGCCCCCCAGAGACAGCCUGUGGGAGCAGGACAGGCAGAACGUGGUGCAGCGCGUGGUGGCCCUGCCCCUGGUCAGGACCACGUGCGCCGCCGUCUUGGAGGCUUACAGUGCCGCUAAGGACAGGCACCCGCUGCUGGGCUCCGCCUGCCGCCUGGCCGAGCACUGCGUGUGUGACCUGACCGCCCGUGCCCUGGACCACGCCCAGCCGCUCCUGAGCCACCUGCAGCCCCAGCUGGCCUCCGUGAACAAUCUCGCCUGCAGGGGUCUGGACAAACUGGAAGAGAAGUUGCCCUUUCUCCAGCAACCUUCGGAGACGGUGGUGACCUCGGCCAAGGACACGGUGGCCAGCAGUGUGACGGGCGUGGUGGGCCUGGCCCGGCAGAGCCGCCGCUGGAGUGUGGACCUGAAGCGCUCCGUGAGCCACGCCGUGGAUGUCGUGCUGGGCAAGUCGGAGGAGCUCGGGGGCGGCCAUGCUGACCCCCAUCCCCCCACCCCGUCCCGUCCUCCAGCGGCCCUGGCAGCGGAGGCCGAGGGCCCGGAAGUCGGGUCCGUGGAGGAGCAGAGGAGACGACAGGGCUAUUUUGUGCGCCUGGGCUCCCUGUCCGCGCGGCUCCGCCACCUGGCGUAUGAACACUCUCUGGGGAAACUGAGGCAGAAGAAACACCACGCCCAGGACACGCUGGCCCAGCUGCAGGAGACCCUGGAGUUGAUCAACCUCAUGCAGUGUGGGGCCACACCCACUGCCCCCGCCCGCCCUGGGAAGGUGCACGAGCUCUGGGAGGACUGGAGCCAGCGCUCCCCAGAAAACGGCCGUCGCCGCAGCCAGGCAGAGCUGGAGACGCUGGUCCUGUCCCGGAGUCUGAUGCGGGAGCUGCAGGGCACAAUGGACGCGCUGGAGACCAGCGUGCGGGGCCUGCCCCCCAGCGCCCGGGAGAAGGUGGCCGAGGUGCGGCGCAGCGUGGACGCCCUGCAGUCCGCGUUCGCCGACGCCCGCUGCUUCGGCGAUGUGCCGGCGGCCGCCCUGGCCGAGGGCCGGGGCAGCGUGGCCCGGGCCCACGCCUGCGUGGACGAGCUCCUGGAGCUGGUGGUGCAGGCCGUGCCGCUGCCCUGGCUGGUGGGGCCCUUCGCGCCCAUCCUCGUGGAGCGGCCCGCGCCCCCGCCUGACCUGGAGGCUCUGGUGGACGAGGUCGUGGGGGGCCCUGACCCCCGCUGGGCUCACCUGGACUGGCCGGCCCAGCAGAGAGCCUGGGAAGCCGAGCACGGGGACGGGCCAGCCCUCCCAGGCGACACUUCCAAGGAGGAACCCACGCCCCCCAGCCGCGCCAAGCACACCCUGAUGCCAGAGCUGGACUUCUGACCAGAUGGGGCCACGGGGCAGCAGACGCGGCCCUCGGGAGGUCGCCCUGCACCGCCCCCCCCGCCCACCACCCCGAGGUCCCUGCUGCCCCCUAGUGGCCAUGCACGUGCAGUAACAGGCCGCAAGGGGGAGGUCGCCCUGCCCCCCCCCCCCAGGUCCCCGCUGCCCCCUAGUGGCCAUGAAUAUGCACUAACGGACUGCGCGGUGGCCUUGGCCCAGGUGCGCGGUGGGGGUGGGGGGCUAAAUUCAGACGCCUAGACCAGCUUCACUGAUCUCAGACGCUCCCCAGUCUUUCCCUUGGACACAGGGGGACUGGAACCCAAUUCAGGUCUCAUUAGCCCCAAGCUGGGUGCCUCUGUCUGUGGUCCCCGGCCCUGCACCCCCCAAAAAAGCGGAUCGAAACUCCCCAAAGAAACACAGUUUGCCCAGCGGCUGUCUGGGGGUUUGGAAAAGUAGGCACCCUCCCUCCACCCCCCCCCCCCAGCUUGUACAUCCUGGACGGGGCGGGGUGGGGGGAGGGGGGAGUCCCUGAGAAUAUCCAGCUUCAUCCGCUGGGCCUGCUGGAUCCACGUGAUUUGCCCUUUGGGGUCCACGCUCCAGAAUAAAGGUGCUUUGUGUUGUCCAAAGGCCUAUGGCCUCCGUUCGGGUCG